AUGGUUGCAGUGAUAACAACUAGUGCUUUGACCCGGCAACUCGUCAAUGCCGCAAAUACUCCGACAGAACCUACCGUUCAAGCAUCAGCAACAGCACGGCAAAAAGAAGUGAUCCAGCGGGACCGGUCCUCUUUCUAUCCAUCCGAGUCGUCAAGGACAUUUGGCAGACCGUCGAUGGACUCGACCGAUCACAAGGACACCCACGACCAAGAGAUAAUGAGCACGAGUAGCUUCAGCUUCGAGGACAGCGCUAUCGCAUACACAGAGAUGGAUAUGUCCAUGACCUCCCCCACCCGACAUACCAAAUCACCCCCGACUUCAGCAUCCUCCUCCCUCACCUCCACAGGACGGCGACGCAUGAUUGCAGAAUCUAGCAUGAUUCUCAGCGGAGGGGCUGGACAGGCCGCUGUCAAUUCGGGAUCCGGCAUUGGAGGAGGUGCGCUGUCUCCUGCUUGGUCCAUGACCUCCAUUCCUCGAGAUAUCAGUGCCAACUAUUGCCGAAGCGGAGACGACUCAACUGCACCUGCCAUCGCGCCCAUGGACGAAAAGCUCUAUAGAGCCACCUCAUCACCAGGCGAUCUGCAGGCUUUGAUCCAAACAUCCGCCAAAUAUACCACACAGUGUGCACUCUUUAAGGUCUUAAAGGCAUACUCCAACUACAACAGCCGCGUCGGAUACUGUCAAGGAAUGGCGAGCGUAGUUGCUACUAUGCUGACCUUCUUUGAUGCCGAGAAAACAUUUGUGCUUUUGGCUCAGCUGUUUGACCGGUACAACAUCAACGAGCUUGUUGUUCCCGGCUUCCCGGCACUGUUUGAAGCAUUCUUCAUUCAGGAAGAACUGACAAAGAUCUAUGCACCCAACGUUUUUCAGGCUCUUGAAACGAUGGGAAUUGCAACGCCAAGCUACGCGUCGCGUUGGUACAUCACCCUCUAUUCCGCAGGUGUUGUCCCUUACCGAACAUUGCUUCGGAUAUGGGAUAUUUUGUUACUUGAGGGCUUUGACUGGCUCUACUUUAUGGCCCUAGCCCUCUUGAAGUAUCACGAACAGGCGCUUGUUCUCAAUAACUUUGAGCGGACGAUGGAGAUGCUGAACGCAAAGAUGGACAUUCAGGACGACGAGCGGCUAUUGAAGAUCGCGAGGAAGCUAUCGAGGCAGGCCAAGCAAACAGGCAUUGUCGCCAAGCUGAAGAAGACCUAUGCUGCCAAAAUGAAGCAGCCAGCUUAG